AUGGACAAAGAGUAUUCACAAUUUGGCGAGGAGUGGAAGCCACAGCCCUCGCUGCCCCUGCAAGCCGCAGUAUCCAGAGGGGAUCACGCUGAGCUCGAACGGCUGCUGAAGAUAUCAGACAGCAUGGUCAAUCAAUACGAGAAAAAUCCCUUCAACUCCCCUUCGAGCACACCCCUCGGAGUGGCUGUAGCGAACAAUGAUAUCACCUCGGUCAAGAUUCUCUUGGACCAUGGUGCAGAUCCACAGCUGCGUCUGCACUGGGAUGAAGAAGAGGGCGGCAGCGCGAGUGACGCAGUCUGUGAAGCAGCCGCGCUUGGAUUCUUGGAAGUUUUAAGACUAUUGAUCGGGAAAGGUGGAUGCAUGAUUUCAAGAGUGUUAUAUCGCGCAGCUAGCUCUGGAAAAUUGGAAUGUGUUAAGGAGGUCUUUGCGUGGCUGGCAAAUAAUGAGCGUGGUUCAUUUGACGAUGGAGUCCCGAGAGGACCAGCGGUGGCAUACGAGUUGCAAUUAGCGGCCGCUGCUUGGAUUGAAGAUGUUGUUGAGUUCAUACUUACUGAUUCAACGCUUGACCAAAAGGGUGUUGAUUACGCUUUGUUGCGAGCAAUCUUGCCUGAGCCCGAUAUGGACGAAACGCCCAUACACAAUUGCGUACGCAGAGGACCCUAGGAAGAUGCGCAGAGGAAAUGAAAAAAGGUCGUGAAACUGCUAUUACAAGCUGGAGGAGAUGCCGAAGCCAGAAGCUGUCAUGACCAGUAUCAAUACAUGAGGCCGCUUCAUGAGAUGGCGCGACAGGGUAGCCGAGCAAGAGAGAUCUUUGAUAUGCUAUUGGACAGAGGAG